AUGGUUGCCAACGCCGGUAUCGCAGUAGCCAGGAAGUUGUUCGACGCUACGGUCGACGACUGGGACAAGGUUAUGGCCGUGAGCGUCUGCCCAGAUGUGGUCUGUGACGUCCAGCUAAUUAGUCCUCUCGAUCGACAGGUCAACGCAAGGGGAGUCUUUCUUUGCUACCGGGAAGCUGGCAAGCAAAUGGUCGCGCAGAAGAGAGGCGGAAAGAUCAUUGGAGCAUGUUCUACCGCUGGUUAUCGGCCGUCUACGCUUGGGGUGGCAUAUUCGGCCAGUAAAUGGGCAGUUCGAGGCCUCACUCAAGUGACGGCCCUGGAGCUGGCUCAGUACGAUAUCAAUGUCAAUGGGCCCAUCAACACAGAUAUGUGGGCCGAAAUUGACGAACAAAUAUCCAAAGAAACAGGCCUCGAGCUAGGAACCAGCUACGAGAAGACCAUUCAGGCGAGAAGCGCGUUGAAGCGCCCAACGGUAGGCAGGAAUCAAAUCAACAAUCUCAUGAACAUAUCUGACAUGGGAUGGACGGGGAACAGACUCCGGACGACAUCGCAGCGCUGGUCAGUUUUCUCGCCAGUCCAGGUUCCAGGAAUAUCACGGGCCAGAGCAUUCUGGUUGAUGGAGGCAAGUCAACACUGA